AUGACACUUUCCGGUUGGCAAGGAUAUAAUCCUUAUUCUCCUGAUCAAUUAAAGGCUAUACAAAAAAAUUUGGAAACUGAAAAUAUAUGGUGCACUCAACAAAACAUUACUUGUCUUAUUCUUCCCCUUCCUGACAAGCAUUCAAUCUAUCCAGAAUACUUACCAUGGCAAUAUGAUACUGUGGUUGGCCCAAGUGUAGAACAAGAUACCAAAUUAACAAAACAAAAAGAUGUUAAUUCUAACUAUGAACUUAAAUAUUCACAACUUUAUAUUGACUUCUUUCAAACGAACUCAUCAAUACCAUUGCCAAUUAAUUUUCGUUCAAAUAAACUUUCUACUUUAUUAAAGGCAAAAUCUAUGCAACAAAUUUUAAAAAUUUCAAUUCAGAGUUCUAAUGGAUCUACAAUAUUCUUUAAUUCUGAUAAUAAAUAUUCAAUGAUAUUAUCAGGAGAAAUUCCUGAAAUGUUUCAUUGUACACUUGGAACCGGUUGGAAAUGGUUAAAAAUAUCAAUAAUUACUGAUAAUAAACUAAGUUCUAUCUAUUAUAUUGACUUAGGAAAUGGAGAUAAAAAGAAUCCGAAUUAUUUUAAUAUUCAUGAAAAAUCAUUCAUUGUACCAUUGGAAAUUGUCAAGGAAGCGCCUGGAAUGAUUCAUAAUGUGAAUGCAUAUAGAACAUCAUCUAGCAAUCAAUCUGAAGGAUUAAUUAAUAACUUAAGUGAUAAUGAAUCUUUCAAAAAUCAAAAUGAUUCAACAUUAACUAUAGAAGUUCUUAAUUAUUUUCGUAUACAAAUUCUAUUAUUACAUAGUAAAAGUUUUCCCGAUGAUUCAUCUAUCAUAUAUUAUCCACAAUGUCCACCAUGGAAUAGUGAAGAUUUUAAGGAAUUUUCAAAUUUUGCACAAACGCAAACAAAUCAAUAUGAUAAUGAACCUUGCAAUAAUCCUAUUGAAUUACCAAUUACAAGAGCAUUGAAAACAAAUAAAAAAUAA